CCUGCCUCCUCCUCCUCCUCCUCUUUCUCCUGCUCCUCCUCCUCCUCCUCCUCCUCAUCGUGGCCAUCUCGGACGAGCUCGAGACCUUCAAGCAGGAGGUCCAGACGCUCCGCGAGGGCGACGAGGCGCAGCAGGCAGCGCUCAAGACUCUCGGAUCGCCGACUGCCUCUCUCGUCCUGGCAGUAGUCGAGGCCCUGAUCGGCUGCGACAUCGGCGGCGCGUGCAAGAAGAUCCUGGAGGCAUGGCUCAUCAGGGCCAACGGGGCGCCCGAGGACGACACCACGAUAGCGAAGACCACGAUCGAGGACGCGGUCACUUUCAUCAGGCUCGAGAAAUGCCACGAGACGAAGAACACGAAGAUCCUCUUCGCCAUGAACGAGUGGGACAUGCGCCCACACAUCCUCGCCGCCCUCCGCUGCGAGGGCUCGGCCAUCAUCCAUACGGGGGUCAUGCCAGCGGGCUGGCUCGAGGAGGAGCUGUCGACGUGGCUCGACGCGCUCGCUCAGUAG